AUGGAAGACUUGUCCACGCUGGAGGCUGUCGUUGGCAGCCCUCCUGCAAUGAGCAAGCAGCAGAAGAAACCAUUGAAUACGGUCGAAUUAACGGAUAUCGAUAACUUACUGGAAAACUCAUUGUCCGAAUCUGACUUUGAAAAUAAUGCACCCGCACCUUCUGUUUCAUCAGCAGCAUAUUUAUUUUCACUCCUUCUUUUAGCUAGUAAAUAUCUGGUGGCUCCAUUUCUGAAUCGCAACAUAAGGAAAUACGUUCUUGUCUCUGACGUUCUCGCUAUUCUGCCCACAGAAAAUGUUUUCUUCUGCUUUUACGAAUAUUUUGCUACACAAGGACUAUCGCUCUCUGUAUGUACUGAAGAUAUGGACUGCUUCUACAGAAAAGUCGCCGUUGAAUUGGGGGAUUCAAUAUCUGAGAACAAGAAAUGGAAUACCCGCUGCGUGAAGCUGCUACCAGGAAACUAUGAGGAAAAACAGAACUUGUUUUCGAUAGCUAAAAAGGUACGUACUAAUACGAGUAAAAGGUACGAUAAACUUCUCCUCCUCAUAUCGAUAAAUCAAUUUCAGCUGAGGGUGAUUGCCGAGAAUUUGGGAGAAAAUAAAGGUGAAGUUGGAUUUCUACCAAUUCGGCUAACACGCGAUUCCACCGGUCAGGACAAAAUUUGCUGA